GUAAAGUAGGGGCGUGGCCAGCGCAAAACAGCGGAAGAUUCGAAUCGAAGAUGGCAGCCAAAAACUAUACCCACAACAUAAACAAUAGCAAACACGACAGAAGGGGUACGGUGUGCAGUGUUGUGAUCAGUCAGGAGGCGUCGGGCUCCGGCAAGCCCGUCAUCUUCAAUCCGGACUUCUUCGUGGAGAGGUUGAGACACGAUAGACCGCAGGCCUUUGCGGACAUAGUUCUCAGUAAUAUCACUCGUCUCAUCGACCUGCCCGGCGAUGAGUUCGCCCAGCUCACAGGAGACACUGAGCCGAGGCUGCCCUCCCACAACGGGUUCCUACGCUCCUUCAAUUUCCUCAAGCGAAAAGAUAAAGGACUGGUUUUUGGUGCUCCUCUGACUGAAGAGGGGAUAUCUCAGAUCUAUCAGCUCAUUGAAUAUCUGAGCAAAAACCUCCACGUGGAGGGGUUGUUCCGGGUCCCGGGCCACAGCCUGAGACAGGCGGCCCUCAGGGAGAUGUUGAACUCUGGAGCAGAAAUAGACCUGGAGACCGGGGACUACCACCCCAACGACGCAGCCACCCUGCUCAAAACCUUCCUGGGAGAGCUGCCGGAGCCCCUGCUGACGCAUCGCCACUACCACGCCCACCUGAAGAUCGCUGAACGCACUCUGUUUGACGAGCAAGGGAACAAGACGGAUGUUCCCGACAAGGAGCGUCAGAUCGAGGCCUUCCAGCUGCUCUUCAUGCUGCUGCCGCCGGCCAACCGCAGCCUGCUGAAGCUGCUGCUUGACCUGCUGUACCACACCGCCCGCAACCAGCAUGCCAACAAGAUGUCCGCCAUCAACCUGGCCACCAUGUUUGCCCCGCACAUCAUCUGGCCCAAGAACGUAACAGCCAACGAUCUGCAGAGUAACAUCAAGCAUCUCAAUAACGGCGUAGCGUUUCUUAUCAAGCACUCCCAGAAACUGUUCAAGGCUCCUGCUUAUGUGAAGGAAUACGCCCGAGCAUAUUUCACCGGCUCGAACGCCCUUCAGUCAAAGGACGACCUGUCUCUCUGCAGCUCUGGGGAGGUCUGCUUCAACACGCCCCCCCCUCCCCCGGCCCCCCUGUCGGCCCGGGGCGGGGGGCCCCCGGGGGCCGGCUCUCCGGCGGGGGGGACCCCCCACACGGAGAACGCCCUCAGGGAGCUGCACCAGCAGAUCUGCAGCCUGCCGGCCUCCGCCAAGAAGAAGAGGCUCGUCAGACAGCUGGAGAAGCAGAAGCCGGGGACCCCCGCGCCGGACCCCCAGAGUCCCUUCAACAGGAAGCACCGGCGCUCACGCUCCUUCGGAGGCAUCAUCAAGAGGCGGGUGUUGGGUAACCAGGCGUCAGCCGACAAGACCACCGGACGGCCGGGCUCGCCUGCAGACAGCCAUGGGAAGGAGAACGCCAUCUCUACAGGAGUGAGUAUUACCGUUGACUACCCUCACCACUUACUCUUACUCUCAGUGAAUCCUAGAUACCAGUCGGCCAGGCAGCCAGGGUAG